UGUGGGCACUAAAGUUGGGAUGUUUGUUAAGUCACACAUUAUAUUAUAUAUAUGUCAAGUCUUCAUAGGUUAGGUUAGUAACCCUUGUGUGACUGCGAGCAAUAUUUAUCUACCGAAAUAAAGCUCUCCAAUGGUGGUAAAAGGAAUGGAAGAUGAAGUAAUUCCUCUCUUGGAAGAAUAUAAGCCAGUUACUAAUACAAGUGAUUGUGAAAAAGGCAUGAAAGAUGGGUUUGUGGAGAUGAAAGAAUCUGAUGCAGUGCACACAACUUCCAUCGUCGCCAAGAGUAGGCGCAAAGCAGGCAUCGUCACCAAGAGUAGGCGCAAAGCUGCCAUCAUCGCAUGGCGUAGGAACAAAACUUCCAUUGUCGCGGUGGUCUCGACAAUACUAUGCUUGCUAUUGGCUAUCUUCCCUAUACUAAAGAUAUCAUCAGAUGGUCGUAACUUUAUGGCAAAAUAUGAGAAUAUCAUCAUGGUCAUACUCGUCCCUCUUGUUUUCUUUAUUCAAUUAAGGCAGCUUUAUAUUAGUUCAAUCCCCCCUGUUGACAACAGAAUCUUUGGGAUCUUAUUCAUACUUUUGCUAUCAACUGCAAUUUCAGUCAUAGAAGUUGGUUUUUUCUCAUGGACUGCUGCUAGCAUCAUUUUGAUCGCUUCAGCCAUAGUAUUUGCACCGCUUGUCCGUGAUAAUUGGGAAUUCAUCUCUACUGAAGAUAUUGUAUUCUCAAAAGGAAUACAAAAAUUCAUAUCAGUUAUCUGUUUCUUAUCAAUAGUUUACACUAUUAAAAGCAUAGCCUAUUAUGUUUAUGUGUAGUUUGGAAUUUUAUUUAUCUCAAUAAAGAUUUGGUGUGUGGAUUUUGUUGCUCAUUAA